UGCUUGUUUGUUUGUUUGUUUUUAUUUUUCCUAAAUCCAGCUGAAAGACAUUCUUUUAGAAGGCUCUGAAAUAAAGAGCUGAUGAUUUAUUUAUUUAUUUAUUUUUUAUCCAGUUAGCUCUACAUCCCCUCUUCCUAAAACUCAGAUGGUCUUUCUGGAGGCUCUACUGUGACGCCACAAUGAAUUCUGGAAUUUGAGGUCAUAAAACGGUGAACCAAAAAACCUGUGUUUGGUGACAAAACAGUUCAAAAUAUCGCGAGAUUUCAGGAAGUAAAGAAACAAGACUGAAGCAAAGAAAGAAAUUUUAAGCGAAGAAAAGUUUUAAGUGAAGAAAAACCUUUCUUGUUUGUUAAAAAAAAGCAGACACAGCUAUAUCCAAUGGCCACACCUGUUAGAUUUCACAAUGGAGUUAAGCCUGGCUUCCUGUGUGCUGGAGUGUUUUAUCCAACCUUCCAACCUCGUCAACCUGAAGCCCUACGUCUUCUGCAGAAAAGGGCGUGCAAAUGGAUUACAGUCAGAGACCCUAAUGAUAACAAUCGAGACAUUACAGCCGAGAUCUAUGGAGAAAGAAUGCCGUCUCCACUGACCGCACCUCAUGCUGGAGAAGUUCAGUGCAGCAGUGUGAAUGUGGCUCCAGCUGCUGACGUGCCUCCACACGAUGAGCAUGUGAAACCCUCAGUUCCCGCAGAACAUGCCUUGGCAUCUCAGCCUUCUUCUGAUCAGGAACCCAUCAUUACCAUUUUUGGUGAUAUAUUGUUUGAAUCUCUGGCUCCUACACAGCCUAAAUGGAGUGACAUUGUAAAGGCUCGUGGGCCACCAAAAAACACACCCCCAAAGAAGGAGGAGCCUAACACAGCACCUGCAUCAGAGGUGAAUGGAAAAGCCCCGAAAUGUCCUUUUCUGCUACCCUCCAAUCGACGAAGUGCAGCAGAAGGCAGAGAAAGCCAACACGCUGACAGGGAAGAAAGAAAAACAUGGCUGCAAGUGGCGAUCUGCGGGGUCCAACCAGUCAUAGCAAACAUCGUCCCAAGUGGCCAGUCCUUGCCAAUGUACAAAGUGCAAUAAAGAAUCCAUACAUGA